CACUACCUUUUCUGCCUCCCGCCUCGCGGACACACAAGGUGAAGUUUGACAGUCUCGGUUCAGGCAGCGAAGCGGUUGAUGCCGACUCGAUUUGGCCACCAGCGCACAUAAGUUGCGCUUCUGCUCUCCGUCUCCAUGCGAGGUGUGACAAAUACUGGAUGCCAUCAAGUGUAACGGACUUGUGGAACAACUAACACGCCUAUCAUUGGAUUCGAAAAUAAUUCAAUAGACCUGGAGUAACUGGCUUGGUUUGCGUCUUUUUUCUAUAUUCUGGGGACUGCGAAAUCACUGCCAAAAUGUCUCGGGAUGCCGACGACGUGAAUAAGCUGACCGAAAGUACUUACAAGAAUGUGAUGGAGCAGUUCAACCCAGGCCUAAGGAACCUGGUCAAUCUGGGGAAGAACUAUGAGAAAUCAGUAGCUGCGAUGACGCUUGCUGGAAAGGCAUACUUUGACGCUGUGUCAAAGAUAGGAGAGACCGCUUCUGUGUCCCCUGUCUCCAGAGAAUUAGGUGUCGUUUUGAUGGAAAUCUCUGAUGUGCACAGGAAGGUCCACCUGGAGCUGGAGGAGAACUUCAAGCGGUUCCACAGAGAAAUCAUUGCUGAGCUGGAAAGGAAAACAGAAAUGGAUGUCAAAUAUAUGACUGCCACCUUCAAGCGGUACCAGUCUGAGCACAAGCUGAAGCAGGACUCCCUGGAGCGCUCUCAGACAGACCUGAAGAAGCUGCGGCGUAAGAGCCAGGGUAAACAGGCCACCAAGUACGAGAUCAAGGAGAAUGAGUAUUUGGAAACCAUCUCUUCCCGGCAGAGUGAGAUGCAGAAGUUCAUCGCUGAUGGCUGUAGAGAGGCUCUUCUGGAGGAGAAGAGACGAUUCUGCUUCUUGGUUGACAAACACUGCAUGUUCUCAAACUAUGUCGCUAGCUUCCAUGAGAAGGCCAAAGAGCUGCUAGCAGUGAAACUUCCCAGCUGGCAGGACAAAUGCAGUGAUGUCACCAAUGUCCCAGACACUGUGAUGUCCAUGAUAGAGGGUCUCCGCACCCCCAUGUCUGGGACCCCAGAAUCCUCUCCUCUCGCUGCGCGCAACAACAAGAACAACAGGGACAUGAUGGCUCCACCACCAGCUCCCCAGCUGAAGGCCCAGAUCAGCCCACUGGCUAACAUGUUCAACCAGGAUGUCCCCCGAACCUCCAUCACAUCAACAUCCACAUCUGAUCAUAACUCAGACCAGGGCAGUUCGGAGGAUGGUGGCAGUGUGUCCCUGUCCCCGGCCGUGUCUCUGGCUUCGGGGCUGAACGUAGCCAGGAAGCCACGGGUCAGAACCAUCUUCCCCCACAAGGCUGGCAACAACGACACGCUCCUCUCCUUCGAUGAAGGCGACAUCAUCGUGCUGCUAAUUCAGGAGGAGAAGGACGGGUGGCUGUACGGAGAGUUGGAAAAGAACCGGCAACGAGGCUGGUUUCCCUCAUCUUAUUGCCGACCAUAUAAUGAACCAUUGGUCACCAACAGUGUGGAGAUGUCGGUGCGUAGUCUGAGUGUUGCCAGUUUUCCAGAACAGGAAGAGGAGGAGCUUGUUUUACUUCCACCCGCCGACUAUAGUGACAGAACGGAGAGUAGUCCUGUCAUCAGUGCCUUCACACCUUCAUCCAAAACCACGGUCUCUCUACCGAAUGGGGUUGGAAAGCCUCCCUUUCUGGGAGGUGGGAAUCCUUUUGCCACUGUAAAACUGAGGCCUACAGUUACCAACGACAGAUCUGCACCCCUCGUCUAGCAGAGGCAGACCGUCAAAACAGUGUAGGACCUCUGCACAAUCGACACUCCAGAAUCUCUGUCCAUCAACGUGUCCAGAAAGCCUGGAUUCAACUCUGCUUCAGCAAAUCAGCUCCACUCCAGUGAAACAAAGCAGUGCAUUUAUUGGGAAUAUGGGCAGUUCUGAAACAGACUAAAAUCCAGGUUUCCUUCCUGACUCUUCUGCAUUCAGUUUUUAAUAAAUCAAUACUGUGUCUGUAGUAGAGGGAAUGACGGGAGAGAGACUUUAGUUGGGAAAAGAGGGGCACAACUUACCAUGUGUGUAUUGACUGGAAACAGUGAGAGUUUAUGAAAGAAUGAAUAUAGCUAUCAUUAAUUAUGUUUUAAAUGGAUUGAAAUUACUUUUUGAUUUGCCAUACUCAAUUAACAUGUGGAUUGACAUGUGGACUCAGUCUGGUAGGUUAUUUCUUAAUAAUAUGUUUUCAUACUUGUUCAAAAGUUCAUGAUGUUUGUACAAUAACAGGAUGCCAUUUUCUCUUUGGCUUAAAUUUGUCACUAUGAAUCUCAGUUAUAUUCAUAAAACUGUAUUAAAAAUGCAGAAGACACAGUACAUUUAAACAGUUUACAGGUUUUGCUCUUCCAUUCUGUGUAGAGUAAUUCACACAGCUGCCCAGGAUCAUUAAUGAUUCCCAUCCCAAGUUAGUAUUAGAAAAAAGUCCACCCUCUAUCUCUGUUCAGAUUGUAUUCAUUCAUUCUCAAGGUGAUCAGGAAGCAACUUUAAGUUAUGAACAUUAGGAUGGUUCUCAGUGUGUACUCAUACUGUAUCAACUUCAUGAAUGUUUCAUGGGCAAAACGUCUCAUUUCUUACCAGCCUGUAUUGACUAAUGUAAUGUAUUAUCUCAUAGUGAAGACAGACCUGACAUGAAUCAGGGUCUGUAUCAGAUGUGUUAUACGCUUAACAUUGUAUUGCCAUUCUGUGUCUGUAUGAAGACUUGCUGAAGUGACCACAUUGUUGUUUGUCCCUAAUACAUGAUUACAUGAAGAAUAA